AUGGCCAAGGUCCAUGUUAUUGACAAGAAGAAACGUCACCGCAAUAACAAAAAACACGUGGGAGCUACUAGUUCCAACGCCGCCAUUCAGCAGAUUCGUUCGGCCAAAUUACAGACGAACGCUGUGUUCUCUCUCACGGCGUCUUCCAACCCAAAUCCAAAGAGUUUAGGCCCAUUUAGUGACCGUCAACACAUUUUGGUGGUUGGCGACGGGGAUUUUUCCUUUUCUCUGUCUCUCGCGGUCUUUUUGGGAGGAAAAAAUCUAGUUGCCACUGUCUAUGACUCGAAAGAAGAUUUGAAGGAGAAAUACUCGAGUGCAUUGCUUAAUUGUGACGCUCUGGAGACUACAGGGGCUCAAGUACACUUUAGUGUCGACGCAACAUGUCUGGAGAAAGAGAAAUGGCUCAAUAGUGCUCAGCCAUUCCACUCAAUCGCCUUUAAUUUCCCGCAUCUUGGCGGCGCGACGGAGGCAGAUGUGGCAAACAACCAGAAAUUGUUACGAGGAUUCUUCUACUCGACUCGGCAGUAUUUGCACCCCACUCGUGGACAAGUGCUUGUAUCACUUCGUAACACGUUGUUCUACAAUCGCUGGAACAUUCAAGAGCAGGCCGCAGUGAGUGGUUUCCAGCUGAAACGGACGGAGGUGUUUGACGCGAGCAUCUACUCCGGCUACGAGCCGCAGCGAACGCACCCGGCAUCGUUCCGAGGCGAGCCACCAUCCACAACUGGAGCUCAUUACUUCAUCUUUACUCCAAACGAAAACAUUAAAGUGGCUGAUCCGUAUCAGGAAUCCUUUCAGGCGCUGAGUAGUGUUGGAUCUGUUUGUGGGCGAGUUGUAAAAAAGGGAGCACUGAAAACAAGCACAGCUGCAUUACCUAUAAAGACGGUUUGCCAACCUUGUGGUCUCACGUUUCGGGACGUAAAGAAAUACAAUGGACAUAUGAAUUCGGCUAAACAUGCGAAGAAGAUAAAGAUGCUGAGGAAGAAGAAGCACUGA